GCUGGCUCGCUCGCGCUGUCUGAGACUCGCCUCAGGAACAUAAAGCUAAACGGCAUCUCUGUUAGGUUAUCUUUAUAACGGAUUUAUCGUUAUCUAACAUCUCUCCUACCGUUAUUAUCGGAGGUUGUGGGUUACCGGGUGCACGGAGAAACGUUUAAAGGUCACUGUUAUCUGCUUACAUUUUCUCUCAAGAGGGGAAAAAAAGAAGGUGGAUCGACAGUUGAAGGAAACGCCCAUUGCUUUUAAAGUAACCUACACCUUCCUGCACCUACAGUACGGAGACCUCUAUCCAGCAGCACCACUGGAACAAGGUUAGCGGAGGUCUGGACGAUUUUAAGCCGUUUUAAGCAGCGCUUUUCCGGCACACGCCCCGUUCUGAGUAGAUAUCCAGCCAAUCAUUCAGUCGACUCCCUCCCUGCGAGUAUAUAGGAGGAUUACCCGUUUCACUCUGACGUUCAUCCGUUUAGCUAAUUACUCAUAACUUCUUCUUCAGCCAUUUUAGGAGUAUCUAAACUAUCUCUACGCUCGCCCUCACGGAUCAGUCAAGAUGAUGCAGAUCUGCGACUCGUACAACCAAAAGAACUCUCUCUUCAACGCCAUGAACCGAUUCAUCGGCGCCGUGAACAACAUGGACCAGACGGUGAUGGUGCCCAGCCUGCUGAGGGACGUGCCGCUGGACGAGGAAAAGGAGGUAAAGGCUUCGCCCACCUUCUUCCAGCACGGAGACAUGUACGGCUACUACGUGCUCCUCAAGUCCAUCAGGAACGACAUCGAAUGGGGAGUCCUGCAGGGCGACGAGAGGCGGAAAGAGAAGCUCGGAGUCUCCGCCCUGGACAUUGCACGGGUAGAGCAGGACGGCGAGGAGGACCUGGAGAAGUUGUUCCACUUUCACUUGAGUGGGCUGCACGCCGUCCUCUCCAAGCUCACCCGCAAGGCAAACACCCUAACGAACAGAUACAAGCAGGAGAUCGGAUUUGGAGGCUGUGUGCACUGAAGAUCCGGAUCUGGAUCCGGAUCCUUUCCCCUCCACGGGUGGAUGGAUUGAUGGAUGUUCACUGUAGACGGGAUAGGAUGGGACGGGAUGGGAUUGGAUGGUAGAGCAGAGUUGCACCGUACGGCCUGGUCCUGGUGCCGUAGUUUAACCUUAUCCUCUUGCAUUGGAAUCCCCCGGAUUAAAAAAAUAAAUAAAUAAAAAGAAACAACGUGGUUAACACGGCCCUAACUAAAACUUCCCUCAUUGUGGUUUGCACUUUGUGUAACUUGAAAACGUGUAUAUUUUUGUUUUGGCUUUCGAGGAAGCACGUGGUUAAUAUAAGUAUAAGCAGUUUUAUUUAACAUAAAAUGCUAAAAUGCUGUGGACGUCGCACAAUGGGACUAAAAGAGACUCAAAUAAAAAAAGCUAUCUUUUUUCUUGAUUGGAGACUAUCACUUUUCACUAAAAUAAUUUAUGUGCAAAAUGCUACUGCUGCAUAUUAAUCAACUUAAUCAGUGCAACAAGAGCAUAAAGAGAGAGAGACUAAAUGCCAAUGAUUCUGUGGUAGACGUAAUCAAUGACAAGGAAUCGAAUGAUAAUUCUGUGCAUUGUAUAGAAUGUUGACUGAUUCCAGGAGAUUAUGUUAACUGCUUAAUGUGUUUCUAAUAUGUUGAUGGCUUGUCGCGUCUUUUGUCUUUUGUUGUUUUGUUUUUUUAUCACAAGGCUGGUACGUAAAAUAAAUUUUCUAAUUGA